AUGGCAGACGAAUCUGACGACGAUCUCUACGGAGACGAGACUACUACGCAACAGCAAAAGGAUGCGAAGAAAGAGGAGGACGACUCUAGUGGUGACGAGCCCAUGGAUGAAGAGUCGGGCGACGAGGAAGAAAGCGACUCGGAUAUUGAUAUCAUUAUCGAGAAAGCGCCAGCGCCUCCCAAACCCGCAGGCACGCAGGCCCCCCCAGAAAGCAAAGCCAAAAAGAUCGAAGCCCCCCCCGCCUCAUCCACUACUCCCUCGCAACAGGGAGCCCCCAAAACUGUUCCCACCACCGGCGGCACUGUGCCCCAACUGUCCGCCGCAGCCCUUUCAGGCGCCGCCUUCCCCGCACAACGCACCUCUACUAUCGAUGUGAACGGAAAUCCUGUCUACCCUCCUCAAGGCAAAGAGAUCCUCAGUGUGGACAUUGAUGCAGAUCUAGCUGAAGAGCAAAAGAUCUGGCGCCGACCAGGUGAAGACCAGUCAGAUUACUUCAACUACGGUUUCGAUGAGUUUACUUGGGAAUUGUACAGGCAGAGACAAGUCAGCAUGGCCAACACGCUGCAAGGUCAGAAAAACGACAUGGCACAGAUGCAGGCUAUGAUGGGCGGUGGACCGAUGCCGGGUAUGCCUGGUAUGGGCGCUGGCCCACAGGGCAACGGUGGACCAGGCGGUGCGCCGCCAACAGGGCCUGGAGGUGGUGGUAAUGCUAUGGGACCUGGAGGUAUGAAUGAACAGCAGAUGCAGAUGAUGAUGCAGGAUAUGAUGGCGCAGGGAAUGGACCCCAGCCAGAUGGACUUUGCAUCCUUCAUGCAGAUGGCUGGCCAGGGCAUGGGUGGCUUCGGUGGUGGACCUGGCGGCCAGCAAGGCGGAGGCUUCCAACAAGGUCAUCAAGGCGGCGGAAGAGGUGGACGCGGAGGUAGAGGAAGGGGAUGGUAG